GAAUUGGUCUUAGAUUUGGACGAUUAUCCAGGGGCUGUGACUUGCAAAUGCUUCUGAGUCUUAUAUUUUGGAUGAUGCAAAGUUAUCUCUCCCUCUGAAAGUUAAAGUAAACCAAACGUACCUUCCGCCCGCAAACUAAAAUCUCGUCUUUUCCCUGGGUAUAAAUUCCACCUUCCUCCCGAAAUUUCCUCCCUGUCUUUCCGAUGAAGACUUUCUUCAGAUAACUACAAUCACCAUGGCCUCAUCCCAAAAUGAGCUCCAGAGGCGUCGCCUCUACGUUUCGUCGGAGUUCAUCGCACACCCCACGUCUCCGACCCUCGACCAAGACCUGGAGCCGAAUUACGACUCCUCAGCCUCCUCGAUCACUUUUCGCAAGAUUGGAGCCGGCGCCUGUGGCUCAGUCUUCGCCCAAGACGGAAAGUCGCUCGCCAUCAAGCUCGCCAAGCCCCUCGACCAUACCGAGCUCUGGAACGACUACCAGAUGCAUGAAGAGAUCGCCCGCGGAUUCCAUCGGUACAUCAUCGACGAAGUCAGAGUUCCCGGGUGUUAUUUCUUUGUCCCGAGUGACAGAGAGUCAUUUUGGGACAAGCAUCCGGAGCUGCUUGAUGCAGCGAGAGACCUUUUGAUUGAAAAGCACUGCGCACCGAGAAUCAAGGACAAGGUGCGUGCAGAUUUUGCCAACAGAGACUGUCUUGUCCGGGUAUACCUGGGAUCGACGCAAGGCAAGAUUGGCGGAAUGUUUUUCUCUCUUCGAAACUUCAAGCUGCACCUCAACCACAUGAUGGACCUUGAACUGGACACCGAGGCACUGGCUCCAAAGACGGACGCACGGGAUGUGGAGUUUGUGCUGGGUAGCUCGACGAGGAAGACGACCGCGGCGAAACCCAUCUCUGCCAAGGACCUCAAGCCCUACACCUAUACCGGACCCCCAACGGAUGAGAUCGAGGACUUCUUCUGUCGCGUUACAGAGCUGUUUGUGCUGGACUUCAACCAGGUCAGGACGAUCACUAUGGAUGGUGAGGGGGUGGCAAUGGCAGUGGAGGCAUGGCGACUCAAUGACCCCUAUUAUCCCAAGCCCCUUCCCCAGACCCCAGCGGAGCGACAUGUGUGGAAGGCCUUCGUCAUCAGCUAUCUAACUGCAUCGCAUGAGGUGAUGGGCCUGGAGGGAUGCCAAGGAAUGGUUCUGGCCCUGCCUCGGAAGUUCAUCUUGGGGAUCACAGAGGUGGAACGGGUGGAGACGCUAUCGCGGAAGGCACAGGGUACUAUGUUGGAAUGUAUUUCUUAG